CUGAGUUGAGCAGAGCAUGCAUCGCACCUCGAUUUUCGUUUGCGGUGGCUUGCUCUUUCCCCCGUCCCCUUGCGCAAAGCUCGGCUGGUUCACUCCUGCCUCACACUUCAUGUACUGGGAACCUUGCCUUCUCCUGGAAGGAACUGGGAAUGGGUGCUUUCCAUGAUGCGCAAAAGGCACCUUAAGGCUUCCAGGUUCUCUUCCAAUGUAAAACUCAACUCCACGGGACUCCCGUCCUCCUCAAUCACAUCAUGUUCCCGCACAGGGUGUCUCCCUUCGCCCAUCAUAUCGCCGCCGCCCUCGCCCUCGUCGUCCUGCGUCCUGCGUCCGCCAUCUCCAUCUUUGAGAACACUGAACCCAACAACCUACCAGCGCCAGCGCCAGUGCCAGCCCGACCUCAUCUUCAUCUGCCCACACUGCCACAAGCCAAUUUCCAGUUCUGCAUCCAGGCGUCUUUUUGUUUUCCCCAUCCUCGCACUGGCAUUUCCGUGUGCCAUGCUCACUUUGGCUUCAUCAUUCCCAUUAACCCCGCCCCUGGCCCAUCCUCCGCUUCCUCUUCUGCUGUCUGCCAUCGGUGCCAUCCAUGCGUACCUUAUGAGUACGGAGCACACUCUUCUUCUUCUUUCCCGUCCACAGGCCUCAUCCUUCUCCCGACUCAGAGAUGGUCAGUGGACAAAAUCGAUGUGCCACUUCGUUCGUACAGCAGCACGCGGCUCGGUAGCUCUCAAAGCCUGCAACGCUACGAUGCCUUCCAAGUUUGGUCGAGCCGUUCAUCCCCGUCAAGCCUAAUCCGCGGAAAGCCACCUCAAACUGCACGCUCAGGUAUUCGUACUCCGUCAGUCCGUAAAGCGCUUGACAACCCUAUCUUUGCCAGUAGGCAAAAGUUGCUUCUUCGUCAUAAGCAGUCAAAUAGCCUACCAGAAACAUCUACCGCCAAGGAAUCAAGUCGGCGUGUUCCAAUACUUACACCACCAUACCACACCCAUUGGAUAUUGGAGAUGGCGAAGGCUUGCCACAAGACCCCUGGACCCUUAAGCCGUGUGGCUGUGCAAUCUCCGUUUUGCCCCUCGCCGAAGCGCCCUAGACAAAAUGGACAGGUGCCGAAUCCCAAUCGAGCUGUGCCAGGACGGCCAGUGUCCGAAGAUAGAGACUUCUGGGUCAUUUGACAGUUCGCAGGAUACACCAAAACGGUCAUAUCCGACGACUGCUGCCAUUGAAAGGGCACUGCGCUGGCCGUGAGCUUGAAGACUAGGGUCUUCGGUGAUGUUCGUCUGAAUGCGAUCCCGAAAGACGGGCUGUAGCCGCUUGUUGUCGGCCAACAGCGACAACCUUAGAGCUCACUCAGUCGAUCAUCGCUUCGACGGUUAAGCAGGCCGAGACAAGUCGCCGGCGACACCCCACGCUCAAGUCUCGAUGAAGUCGGGAAUUGAUUCAGAAGCGGCAAUGGUCUCGGAUCGCAUAUUGCAACAACAGGCCCUUGGGGUGUCUCCU